AUGGCCACAACAGUUUCUCUCUGUUUGUCCUUAGACCCACAGCCUCACUAUUACCACCAUAACCACCUCUACCAGACCACCCACUUCAAAAACCAAGCACGAUUCCUUUCCCCAAAACACACUCACCCACUUGUUAUCUUCCCCAAAUCUGACCGUUAUUACCUCAUCUCCUCAUUCUCUACAUCCCACUCUUCUUCCUCGUCUUCAACUUCACCAUCAUUUCUCCAAAACCCCCUUCUUCCAGGGCGUUUUCUCACCAAUGAAGAGCUUGAAAAGCUUCAAUCCCUUGAGGAUUUCAGAUAUUACAAAGAAUUGGAAUCUGGGUCUAUGUGGGUUCGAGUGAUGAGGCAGGAAGAGAUGGACAUGAAUUACUUGAUUGAGAGGAGAACUCUGCUGCCCCACACUACGAUACUUAUUGGAUUCUAUAGAGCAGGUGAAGAAGAGGAUUUACAGUUGGCAGGGACAAGAAGAAAGACAUGA